UCACGGACUUGCGCUUUUCUCCGUUUGACCGCGACUUUGCGACACGUUUUUCGCGAGAAACCGCAGUGGAAAGUGGAAAAUCCCCGUUUUGUGAAAAAUGAAAAACCGACGAAAUACGAAAUCGAAAGGAGGCCCUUUCCGCACAAAGGGCAUGAAGAAAAAGCUGAAAAAGCAGCAGGCUAAUCGACCGGCUCCGACGCGGCAGACCAAGCAGCAAAAGCACAUCAACCGCGCGCAGGAAACGAUCGAGGCGCAAAAGCGACAAAUUCAAACCGAGCUCAAGUACCGGAAACAGGCGAACGCGCCCCUGGAGUACGAGUUUAGCGAUUCGGAUGUGGAACCGGAGGCGAAAGAGGAAGGGGCAUUCGAGAAUCUUAUGGAAAUGCUCUCCAGCAAAGGGGCAGGUGUGAGCGGGUACAGCGAGGACGAGGAGGACGAGGAGAACGAGGAGAACGAGGAGGACGAGGAGAACGAGGAGGACUCGGAAGAUGAGGAGAACGAGAGCGACGCGGAAAUGCUUUCGGAACAGGAAGCUGGUUCGGAUCUGGAAGAAGACAGCGAAGUAGGCGAUGAGGAAGAGGCAGAAGCAGAGGAAGGCGACGUCGAUGAGGACGACGGAGAUGAUGGAGAAGAAGAUGCCCCUACGGAUGAUGGCGAUAGUGCGAUCUCGUCGGAUGAGGAAGACGUAGGGACCGGCGGUACGGUAACCGACCCCUACAUGUUGCACACAGCCUUCAACAUAAGCCCCGCGAUGCUGGAAGCACUGGCGGCCGAGCCGGUGUCACUCGAGGGCAAAGCCAUGCCCUUCGGUAGCCUUGGAAACAUCUACGUCGAGCUACCGAAGCAGACUACUAUGAUGAGAAUGGAGUCGAAGGGAAUCGUGCAACGGGAACGAUACGCCACACCGGGCAGCCUACCGGUGGUCCCGGACGCAUCCAGCGAGAUUAAUUGGCCCGGUCUGCAUGUGAAGGACAAAAUCGUUCGCAACAUAACCGAAACACCGAAUGCAAUGCAGCGAGAAAUGUUCGCUAUCCUGAACAACUACCAGGAUCUGCUUUACACUGGUCGCACCCUAGAGAACGGUGAUCAGCUCCGCUACGCCUACUGCCUGCAUGCCCUCAAUCACCUCGUGAAGGCAGUGACGAAGACUCAGCACCACAACCUGAAGCUGGCCGCAGCGCAACCGGCUUCGUCCAAAAAAUCCAGACGGAAUCGUCGCAAAAAGGAGAAAGAAGUCAUCGAGCCGGAGAUUGCAGUGGCUGAGUACCGCGAUCAAGGUUUGGUUCGACCGAAAGUCUUGAUCGUAGUGCCGUUCCGUCAUUCUGCCUUGAAGAUCGUGAACCAGCUGAAGGAACUGUUUGCUGGCGAUAACGCGAAAGCGGUCACCAACUAUAAGCGUUUCGCCGAGGAGUACGGCGGUGAGGAUACGCUGUUCUUUCCGCAGAUCAACCGGAAACCGGAAGAUUAUGAGCAAACGUUCGCUGGAAACAUUGACGAUAAUUUCCGGAUCGGAAUUGCUUUCAACCGAUCAUCGAUGAAGCUGUACACGCGGUACUAUGCCUCAGAUUUGAUAAUAGCGUCACCGCUUGGCCUGCGCGUGACCAUCGGUGCGGAAGGGGAAACCGAUCGGGAUUACGAUUUUCUUUCCAGCAUCGAGCUGCUGAUCAUCGAUCAAGCUGAGGUGUGCUAUGCACAGAACUGGGACCACCUGUUGCACCUGUUCGAACAUCUCCAUCUGCAGCCGAAAAGUGCGGAGAAUACGGAUUUCUCCCGGGUGCGUGAUUGGUGCCUUAACGGGUGGACAAAGUUCUAUCGCCAGACGGUGUUCCUGUCUUCGCUCGAGUUGCCCGAGUAUCGAUCGCUGUUUAACAAACAUUUUCAGAACUAUCGUGGCAAGAUACGCACCGUGAAUCGUGUGGCGCAUGGUAGCAUCCGGCACGUGGUUGUGCGAGUUCCGCAGAGCUUUCAGCGUAUCGAGGUGACGUCACUGGAAGGGCAAAGCAAUGCACGGUUUUCACACUUUGUGAGCGUGAUUCUACCGCAGGCCCGUAGCCUCUCGAUGGCCCGUUGCCUGAUCUAUGUGCCGAGUUAUUUCGAUUUCGUGCGUUUGAGGAACUACUUCAAGAAGGAGGAAAUCAGUUUUACCCAAAUCUGCGAGUACACGACGGAUGCCAAGAUUGCUCGGGCACGGGACAUGUUCUAUCAUGGCAGCAAACACUUUCUGCUCUACUCUGAGCGAUCACACUUUUUCCGGCGACAUCGUAUCAAGGGCAUACGGCAUCUAAUUAUGUACGCUCCACCGGUCUAUCCGCACUUCUAUCCCGAGAUGAUCAAUCUGAUGGCAAACGAGUUCCAGAACCUGAAGGAUGGUGUCGAUGCUGGCUCAAUGACGGUCACGGUACUGUUCACCAAGUACGAUUCACUCUACAUGUCCGCCAUCCUGGGGACCGAUCGUGCCCGUACCAUCCUGCAAGCGACGAAAUCCGUGCACCGUCUAACCACGGAUACGAAGUGAGUGUUUGGAUGAAUAAACUGUUGAUUGAAAAGUU